UGGGCGGCGCCGCAGCGAUUCCGGGAAGGGCAGUCCCUCGCUGUCCCUCCCCGCUCCAGUCCCCCGCUCUUGCCGGGCCCUGGACUUGGGGCGAAAAUGCCUGCCCUGCACGUCGAAGACCUUCCAGAGAAGGAGAAACUGAAAAUGGAGGUUGAACAACUUCGCAAAGAAGUCAAGCUGCAGAGACAACAGGUGUCUAAGUGUUCUGAAGAAAUAAAGAACUAUAUUGAAGAGCGCUCUGGGGAGGAUCCCUUGGUUAAGGGAAUUCCAGAAGACAAGAAUCCCUUUAAAGAAAAAGGCAGCUGCAUUAUUUCCUAAAUAACUCUGGGGAGAAACGUCAUCUCUUUGGAAGGAUUUGUUUGCUGUAGUUUUUCCAAAUGAAACCGACAAGCCUUUUAAGAAAGGAAAAAAUGAAAUUUAAAUGAGAGUUUCUUAAGCACCCGAUAGAUAUGGUUAUGUGCUUCUUAUCUUUGCUUAUUAUACACCCUUCACUUUUAAGAGGCUAGGGAUUAUCAAAUGUUCACUUAUGGAAGUACAGACUUCACUGUGCAUGACUCACCUCUUUCAGUAUGUGCUUGAUGCCUCAAAUAAAGUAUUGUCUCCAGAA